UACUAACGAAAAUCCAGACCAUUAUCUUUUAAAAGUACGGCAGAUCCGCGGCGCAACCUAUGCGCUGAUACUUAACCGUCACCCUACUACUUGCCACUGCUCGUAGCGAGGCAACCAUGAGUCCUAUGAGCAGUCCCGUACUGUUUUCACAGCUCACGAUGGUCUUCGUACACCGUUAUUUGCUAUAUCGUGGCGUAAUGGCUGGCGUAAUGGCUGGUAUUGAUGUGCCCAUCUCCGAUGUCAACCUACAGUCUCUGCGUAAUAGUGUUCAUGGAUCGCUCAUGAAUCUGAUGUUGAUGAUCCUUUAAAGCCGCAGGGGAAUAUCACUGGCAGUAAAGGGAGGACAACCCAGUACAUCUCCUGAACUCGCGUUUUCUACAUCGAUCGUUUUCUCUGUAAAAGAUGGCGCGUGGGUUGUAUCUAUGCUCUAUCCUUCUAUCCGUUUUUCCUCUGUUCUUUGCCGGACCUGCUCACCGUCACGGUUCCCUUGGGCGACGCGUUUUCGCUAAUGGUAACUGGACUUUGCUCCAACAAGGAACCACCGGCGUUAGUGGGAUGCAACUCGCAAUCGUGUCAGAAACCACCGCAAUUAUUUAUGAUAAAGUGGAGCACAAUCCCCUCACAGUUAACGGACAUGUCGCAUGGUCCGUCGAAGUUGACCUCAGCACUCUGACUGUACGCGCCUUGAACCCUCUGAGUAAUUCUUGGUGCGCGACCGGUAGCUUCCUUGGAAACGGCACCCUAGUCAAUUCUGGUGGAAAUCCGGUUGUCAUCACCGGCGCUAAUGGUUUGCAAGCCAUCCGGAUGUUCACACCUUGCGAUGACAAAACCUGCGAUGUUUUCGAAGACCCCAAUCACAUUCAUUUGACAUCAAACAGAUGGUACCCAUCAUCCAUACGUAUUGAGGAUGGUUCUAUCAUCAUAUAUGGGGGUUCUGUCGGCGGAGGAUACAUCAACUCAAAUUCCAUCAACAAUCCAACCUACGAGUUCUUUCCACCAAAGAACAUCAAUGGAUACAAUGGAGUUCAGAUCCCCAGUCAAUUCCUUCUUAAUACUCUUAAUGGGAACCAUUUCCCCAUUAUGAUUUACCUUCCGGAUGGCACCAUUUUCGUUGCCGCGAACCAAGACGCAAUGAUCUUCAAUUGGCAAACCAACACUGAAACAGCUCUUCCAGGAAUCCCUAACGGUGUUCGCAUAACCUCGCCGUUCUCGGCAGGCGCCACACUUCUUCCUCUCACUCCAGAGAACAACUAUACCCCAGAAGUGAUGAUAUGCGGAGGAUCCACAGUUUCUGACAGUGUGUCACCAUCGACCAUUUCUUCACAAGUCCCUGCAUCGGCUCAGUGCUCCCGACUAGUUCUGAACGAAUCGGGCAUAGCCGCUGGAUGGCAGGUGGAACAUAUGCCACAAGCCAGAGUCAUGCCAGAACUGGUAUUGCUGCCAGAUGGGAGAGUUCUGAUUGUGAAUGGGGCGCAAACUGGUGUCGCAGGAUAUGGAAAUGUUGCCAACCGUGUUGGUCAAAGCAAUGCCGACAAUCCCGCGUUUACCCCAGUCGUCUAUGAUCCGUCAGCUCCAGCAGGUGGUCGGUUUUCAGAUGUUGGAAUUCCCGCCACAAAUAUCGCUAGGCUUUAUCACUCGACCGCGUCUUUGACGCCCAAUGGAACCAUCAUGCUCGCAGGUUCCAACCCAAACGACGAUGUGACGACUACAAAAUAUCCCACUGAAUAUAGGAUGGAGUUCUAUUCUCCUCCCUAUAUGGCAAAACCUCGUCCAACCUAUACCGGUUUGCCUGCUACAGUGAACUACGGAGAAGUUUUCACUCUGACCGUUGAUCUACCUCCAACUGCGACGAAUGCCUCUGUGUCUUUGAUGGACCUGGGUUUUGCUACACAUGCGGUCCACAUGGACCAACGUCUGCUCAAGCUCGUCUGUUCUCUCUCAGAUGAUGGCACGACCCUUACCGUCACGGGACCGUCUACCGCCAGACUAUAUCCACCCGGACCGGCUUACCUCUACAUUGUCACAGAUGAAGGAGUACCGAGCUUUGGACACAAGACUAUUAUCGGUACCGGGGGCUCCCCUCCAGUUGAUGGAGAUGCUGCGGCCAACAUGCUAAAAGCCUCCGUUGGUUCAUUCGUAACCCCUCCACCGCCACCUGCUGAAGGCGAGGGAAGCAAUGUCGCCACCGCUGUAAUCCCUGCUCCGAGCUCUUGAGUGCCC